GAGUAAGCAGUCAUGAAACGCUGUCGCCCAUAGAGAGAUAUGUAGUGGAAAAAAAUGAGUUUUAACACGGAGAAAAUCGGAAACGGUCUUCUCGCGUUUUCUGCGGUUCACUAGACUCGUCUGAAACAAACGGCGCGGGACGACACGCAGUCUGACUAAAGCGUACCUGCCUCUUUCAAGCUGUACGUGUUACAGACUGCUCGUAGUUCAUAAAGUGUUCCCCUGGUUUUACACGAGUAGCCCAAACCAUUUUAUUAAAUAUCUAACCAUCAUUUUCGGUCAGAAAGAAGAGCCGCCAGGGCUGGUUUUUGGAUUGCACUUAAACGAAUACAGACAGCUGGGCGUUAGCUUUGGAGGUAGUUUGAGUUUUUGUGUCAAAUCCAUUGAUGGUGGAUCUUCAGGGCUUCAAAUUUUGCUCUAAUUUCUUCUCUUUUUUUAAAUAUUGCUUGAGUGAUGAGUGCAGAGUUGGAGAGAAUAACCGCGUGCGGCUGUGCGGAUUGCUCACCGUAUCUGAUGUGUCCACAGAGGAGUGCAGAUUGACCGUGAGGAGGCAUACAGCUGCAGCCUGGAGGAAUGAGGGAACAGAGCUAAAGCCAGGAUGGAGCUGAAGGUGUGGGUGGAUGGAGUCCAGCGUGUGGUCUGCGGCGUCACAGAGGCCACCACCUGUCAGGAAGUGGUCAUCGCACUGGCUCAGGCUAUAGGCCGCACUGGACGCUACACGCUGAUCGAGAAAUGGAGGGAUUCUGAGCGACACUUGGCUCCUCAUGAGAGCCCAGUGGCCUCCUUGAACACUUGGGGUCAGUAUGCUGGUGAUGUUCAGUUCAUCCUACACCGAACAGGUCCCUCUCUUAUGGAGCACCCCCCAUCUGAGGCACUGGUCCCCCGGGGUCCUGAGCGUGGCCUGCACCGUCAGAGCCUCCCCAUAAUGGCCAAGCUUCGAGCUCCAGGAGACCGCUCGCUCCUCCGUCGGCGUGAACCGCGUCGCAAGUCUCUCACCUUUACUGGUGGUCCACGGGGGCUCAGAGACAUCCUGAGUGGUGCCCGGCUUGGGGACAGCGAAGUUAAACGCCGUGUGCUCCUGGUUAACAGUGGCCACCGAGGCCCAUCACUGUCUCCCCGGCUACCUGGGAAUCGUCUGGAGGACCUGAGCCGUCUGGUCAGGCUACAGAGGGAGACUCUGGCCGUAUUGGACCACAGGAUGGAGGCUUAUGAGGCUGAGCUGCAGGCAUGGAGCAACAAGAGAGGAUCAAAUGACGAGGACUUGUGGGCUGCAGUAAUGGAUGAGUUAGCUUGUCUAGAGCAGCAGAUGCGUAAGAACCAAGUGGAGGUAGAGGAGGAGGAGUUCUGGGCAAGCGAGCUGCAGAUUGAACGGGAGAGUGAGCGACAGCUAGAGGAGCGACUGCAGGAGUUGCGCAACCGGCUGCAUGUCUGCGAGGCAGAGUUAGACCAACGGCUGGCCUGCCUACAGGGCGUGGAGGCCGGUCUUGAGGCCCAGCGGCUCCAGAAGGAGAUGCGGGCGACGCAGCAGUCAAGCGAGGGGGAGGUGAAGGCAAGACUGCAGAGAGUAAAGGCAGAACUCAAAGCCCAGGCUCAGCAUACGGCACAGCUGGAGAGCAGCUGUAGAGCAGUGGAAAGAUCGCUGAGCCAGUCGAGUAAGAGGCUACAGGAGAGUCAGUAUGAGCUGGAGCAGCUGACGAAAGAGCUGAGGCAAGUGAACCUGCAGCAGUUCAUCCAGCAGACUGGCACUAAAGUGACCGUGCUGCCUGUGGAGCCCAGCGACGUGGAGGCCAGUCCCACACCUGAGGACACAGAUUUUGUAGCCCUGACUGGUUCUCUAAAGCGGCCAAGCCCAUCUCACACAGUGGGAGUUAAUCUGCGUGUGCUGCACAGCCCUAUCACCUCCUCUCUGAACCCUGAGGGCAUCUAUGUCUGAGGAACACCACCUCUACAAAUCCAAAGGAACACCAGAACAGGUCCACAUGUCAUACCUUCCCACUUUGUUUUAAGGAACAGAGCACAGUGUUCAACAGUUUUACUGUCUUUGCACCUUCAGUAUUUUGAAAGGCACUCACUGGAAGUGAAUAGUUGGUUAAGGCUUGUAGUUACUAGUACAGAUCGAACAACACAUAUUAAGACUGUGGUAAUACAUUUUCUCUCUGUGGUAAACUGUAAAUAUACCUCAACAUAAGAACUGUCUGCUAUAUCUGCAACAUCAUUUGCAGAUCCUUUCUGUCAGGCACAUAACCAACAAGCUGAAUAUGCUUAUUUUCAUGUGCAAGAAGUUAUGUUGACUAUGAGGAAAUGGGUAUUGCAGGUGUGUUAGAAGGAUAACAGAUAUGGGAUGAAAUGUGAAUACAUUUUUGUAAAGUUCUUACAUUGUUGGCCACAAAGAGAUCUGUACACAUGGUCCAUGUGUCACAUGCACGUUUCUGAAUUUUCUUGUGGCGUUGUGUUUAUGCUGGGGUUAGUAUGUUGCCACAGUUGGUAUUGCUUUCAUUGAGUAAAACAUUUUUUUUUCCCCGCAAAAUUGAGCCAAAGAAGCCUGCUAUUAUGUAUAUAAUUUUGGUAGCCAUAUCUAACUGCUUGGUUGCAGUUAUAUAGCAAUAACCCUCUGACUAUAUGAUGUGCAAAAUUUGCAUUAUGUUUACCCUUUUAACCCUUACUAAUAUGCAUUUAAUGCAGCAAGACUGCCAUGCUUAUGCAUAAAAAUAAGCUUUGCAUUGAUGGUGAACGAAGUAUUAGCAAACUGCAGUAUUAUAUUACGCUUGAGAAAAAUCACACAUUGGGUUCUGCCAGAUAAUCAAUCUAUAUACAGCUGUAUAGCUGCAUAUAACUAGUGCAACUAGUGCCUUAAAGCUCUCACGAAGCAGUAACGUGCUCCAUAAGGAGCGUGUUCAUGUGUGAAUUAUGGUAGACAGUAAUUGUAUUGUUUUGUGUAAAUUCUCUUUGGCUGUGUUUUGAAAUUGCCCACUCAUUGAUUAUUCCCUAUAUCCAAAUCACUGCUCUUAACAUUUAAGGAGGGGAACAAGUACAGUCAUAUGCAGAAGUUUGAACAUUCCCAGUCAGUUUAUAUGUUUUGUUGAUUUUUGUAAAGAUGGUGAACACGUCCUUUAUGGGGAACGUCAUAAAACAUAAUGAAAAAUGAAAUAUAAACUUUAAAUGUGCUAUAACUGGCACACAGACCACAUAUGUAUUUUAUUUAUUUAUUUAUUUUUACCAUAUGUUAAAUUCAGAAAAUAAACAGUAACUGUGCAUUAAAAUGAGCAUAGGUGUGUUCUUUAUAGAACAUGUGUGACUCCUUAUCACUUAGAAAAAUAAACAAAAUGUGAUUUGACCAGGGGUGCUCAAACUUUAACAUACAACUGUGUGUGGAACAGUAAGAGGAUUUUAGGCUUCAGAAUUGUAUCUCUGUAAUUUCGCAGCCAGUCGCACACCAGCCAUUAACACUUUGCAAAAACUACAAUCUUAAUUAUAUACUGUAUGUCAAACUUUAAACUUCAUCAUAUGCCGUAAAUGUUCUGAGCUACAUUUUUCCACUAUGAAUUCUCCAAUAAGGUGGUGCAAAAAGUAGGACUAGUAAAUCAGAUGGGGAACGAUUUCAGACACAGCCACUGUCAUCUUGUGUUGUUUACUGCAUUUUUGUAUAGUUCAUUGAAUAUACUGUCAAUUUUUCAAUGAUUCCUUAAGCUUUUCACUUUAAAGCAUCUUUCAAGAAUUGGUAAAGCCUUUCACAUGUAAACGAUAUUGUUUAUAAAGCUAUUGUUUUAUUGCACUGUAUUUCAACAUUAAAAUCAAAUUAGUCUA